UUUUUCUUUUCAUUCGCGCUCGAUGCGUCGCGUGUGGUGAAGCGCUAUGUCGCUGUGAUUUGUCUAUGGGAGUUCUCACGUAUCGAAUUUGUACUAUUAUUUUGUUAUUUUGUGUGAAUCAGUGAAUUUGGUUGAUUUUGUUUUAUGUUGCGUAUGAAAGUGAAUAAGAUCAAAGUUUGAAGAUGGCUUUGGAAGCUGUGAAAGGUGAAAAAAACGAGGAAAAUGGCAAUAUACCGGACGGCAAGGCGAACGGGACCGACAACAAAAGUAAACAGAUUGACCCAAACACAGCGUUCCUCCGCGCGGCCCGCGGCGGCCAGCUCGACACGGUGGUGGAUCUGCUCGACUCCGGCGCAGUCAAAGACAUCAACACAUGUAACUCGAAUGGACUGAACGCGCUCCACUUGGCCGCCAAGGACGGCCACAUCACAGUAGUCGAGGAGCUGCUCAAACGAGGCGCCAUCGUCGAUGCCGCCACAAAAAAAGGCAACACAGCGCUCCACAUAGCAUGUCUCGCGGGUCAGGAGGAUGUGGCGCGGGCGCUGCUCGGCGCGGGGGCGAAGGCCGACGCGCAGUCCGCAGCCGGCUUCACCCCCCUGUAUAUGGCGGCGCAGGAGAACCAUGCGGGAUGCGUCAAGAUGCUCCUCGCAGCGGGGGCCAGUCAGACCCUCGCUACAGAGGAUGGUUUCACACCAUUAGCAGUGGCGAUGCAGCAGGGACACGACCGAGUAGUCGCCGAACUACUGGAGUCAGACACACGAGGCAAAGUGCGAUUGCCCGCGCUACACAUUGCCGCCAAGAAGAACGACGUUAAAGCAGCUACGUUACUGCUCGAAAACGAACACAAUCCUGACGCGUGCUCGAAGUCAGGCUUCACUCCCCUCCAUAUUGCGGCGCAUUAUGGCAAUGUGGGAGUAGCCAAGGCGUUACUGUCAGCGGGGGCAGACCCCGGAAGAUCGGCCAAGCACAACAUCACCCCCCUACAUGUUGCCAGCAAGUGGGGACAGCUGGCCAUGGUGGAUCUACUGGUUGAGAAUGGUGCAAACAUAGCGGCGAUAACGCGCGACGGGCUCACGCCGCUGCACUGCGCCGCGCGCUCCGGACACAGCAACGUCGUGACGCGACUCAUACAGCACGGCGCGCCCAUCACUAGCAAAACAAAGAACGGUCUCACUCCUCUACACAUGUCGGUACAAGGCGAGCACGUGGACACUGCGCGCGCCCUACUCGCGGAGGGCGCACCGAUUGAUGACGUCACUGUUGAUUAUCUUACCGCGUUACACGUUGCGGCGCACUGCGGGCAUGUUAAGGUUGCCAAACUUCUGCUGGACAGAAAUGCGGACGCCAACGCCCGUGCGCUAAACGGCUUCACACCACUACACAUCGCCUGCAAGAAGAACAGACUCAAAGUUGUCGAGUUGCUGCUCAAAUAUGGUGCAAGUAAAUCAGCCACAACAGAGUCCGGUCUCACACCGUUGCACGUCGCGUCGUUUAUGGGGUGCAUGAACAUAGCGCUCGUGUUGCUCGGUGCGGGCGCGGACGCGGACGCGGCGACGGCGCGCGGCGAAACGCCAUUACACUUGGCGGCGCGCGCGCACCAGACUGAUUUGGUGCGGGUGCUGCUGAGGAAUAAUGCUAAGGUGGAAGCCCGCGCUCGGGAAGAACAAACCCCGCUACACGUAGCGGCGCGACUCGGACACGCAGACAUUGCUGCGUUGUUACUACAACACGGCGCGCAGGUUGCAGCUACCACUAAAGACAAAUACACGCCGCUGCAUAUCGCUGCUAAAGAAGGUAAAUAA